AUGGCCGAUGUUACUUGCAUCUUGUGACCUCCUGGGAAUGCUUCUAUUCUCUGUGCACUUCCUGGAAAUGGUACUGCAUCAACCUUCCAAGCCGCACACGAGCACACUGAACUCGCUGGUGUUUGCAUAAUAGCUGACAGCGGCCAUGCUUCCAAGACUGUCUCACUGGCCGUAUCUGCCAUCGAGAACUGGAGAUGCAGCGGUUUUGAAGCCUGGAUCCAUCGUGCAACCGAAAUUCUCGCCGAUCUCGCUGGAGAAAGUCCAACUAUCGAGAGUAUUCGAAAGAUCAUUGCAAAGGAUGUGGAAGCAGCUGCGAAAAAUCUGAGGGAAUUCUAG